AGCUGUGAGACAUUUGCUCACCCUGUUUUUUUUUUAUAUAGACAAUGCCCGUGAUUUAACACAGCCUCCCACCCUGAAGAAUCUUGGUUUUGUUCUCCUCCUCUUCUUCUUCUUCUUCUUCUUCCUGGUUCUUGAAUUGUUCGUUCAAAUUUCAAUAUAAUUCAUCUUCCAUUGUUCUUCAAUGAAGGGGAAGGAGGAGCGUGAUAAUUCUAUCAAUCUGCAGAGGCAGCAGCUUCCCAAAUGACACCUGAAUUCGCUUUUCUCGCCGCCGUCUUGAUAUCUUUGCAGCUGCAGCUGCAUUUCGCCGACGCUUUUGGCUCUGCCUCCACCGUUUCUGUCGCCUAUGGCACCGCUACUGUCUGCGGCAUUACCGCCGGUAAGCAAGGCCAGAGAAUUCAAUGCUAUAGAGGACAGCAAGUGAUCUCCGUUCUACCCCAUGUCUCCUUUGAAGCAAUCUCUGGCGGGCAGAGAUUCUUCUGUGGUCUUCGUACUGGUGGGUUCAGCCUCCAUUGCUGGGAGACCGAUGCUGGUUUCCAACCUAAACGUGUUUACCACAGCACCGCCUUCCCCUUGACUGAUCUGGCCGUUGGUGAUGCUCACGUUUGUGCAAGAGAAGUCAUCUCCGGCAGAGCAAGAUGCUGGAGGGGAACAGAGAGAGAUGGGUCUUUGUUUCCUUCGCCUGAUGCAGCAUUGCAGUUUCAUACAGUCACCUCUGGAAGUGGGUUUUCAUGUGGGAUUUUGAAGAAAAACAGAACCAUUUUGUGUUGGGGGAGCAAUGGAAUUGGAUCAAAGAUUCAAUCUCAGUUUGGGAAUCUGUCUAUGGUGAGCUUAGUCGCCGGAGAGUCUCAUGUUUGUGGGUUGACUGCAUCCAGCGGAGUCCUAAUCUGCAAGGGAAACAACAACGCCGGCCAAUUAGAGGUUCCUAUCAAAUCAGCUCAUGAGUAUAUAGAUCUUGCAUUGGGGGCUAGCUUCACUUGUGCUAUAAGGCAAAAAAAUGGGGCGGUUUCUUGCUGGGGUGGAGGAGCAGAGGAGCUCAACAUUCAAAACAAUAUCAAUUUCAACGAUUCAUUUGAGCUAAUCACAGCAGGAUCAGACAUGUUAUGUGGGUUGAAGACAAGCAAUUUGAUAAUAAUGUGCUGGUCCAAGGCAAACAAGAACUCACCAGUUGUUCUUCCAUUGGGGAUGAUAAUCCCUGGCCCGUGUGUUCAAGAUCCUUGCAGCUCCUGUGGCAUCUAUCCAAAUUCAGCAUUUCUCUGUGAUGGGUCUGGAAAUAUUUGCAAAUCAUGCCAGAGAGAGCUCCCAAUUGCUGUACCGUUGCCAAAGAAGCCAGAAUCUCAAUCAAUCCCAGGUUCUUCUUCACCUACAAGAGCCAGAAACAGGCUCACCCUGGCGUUUCUCAUAGUUGGCGCAGUUGGGGUUUUGGCUGGAGCUUGCACCAUUUUGUUCUGCAUAUCAAAUUGCUUAGCUCUUUGUUCUUCUAGCAACACAGCAGAUAAUCUAGAGCUGAAAACAAUCCCACAAGCGCUAAUGGAAAAUUACUCCGGUCGGUCAUUCUCUUUGAUGGAACUAGCUGCUGCAACAAGCAACUUCUCAUCUGAAAACAAGAUAGGUGGAGGGAGUUUUGGAGUUGUUUACAAAGGGGAACUCUCAGAUGGGACUGAAGUAGCCAUCAAAAGAGGAGAAAACAACGAGAAAACAGAAGACCCACAAGAGAAACAAGACGCAUUUACUUCAGAAUUAGCAACGCUAUUGCGGCUUAAUCACAAACACCUUGUGGGCAUGGUGGGUUACUGCCAAGAAAACGAUGAGAGGAUUCUAGUUUAUGAAUUCAUGCCAAAUGGUUCACUCCAUGAUCAUUUACACAACAGAGAUCAUACAAAUGAAGACGGAUUGUUACUAAAUACAUGGAAAAUGAGGAUCAAAAUCGCAUUAGACGCAGCCAGAGGAAUCGAGUACCUUCACAAUUACGCAGUCCCACCAAUAAUCCACCGAGACAUCAAAUCCUCAAACAUACUAUUAGACGGAAACUUCACAGCAAGAGUCUCGGAUUUCGGAUUCUCUUUGAUGCCACAGCCGGAUAUUUCAACGGAAACCACCGUCGGGGGUACAAUCGGGUACAUCGAUCCAGAGUACUACGUGUCAAGGAUUUCGACGUCAAAAAGCGACGUGUACGGGCUAGGAAUUGUACUGCUGGAGCUUUUGACGGGAAAGAAAGCGGUAUUCAGAGACAGCGGAAGCAGAAGUCCAGUGACAUUGGUGGAAUUUGCAGUGGCGCGAAUUGGGGGCGGCGAGCUGUGGGAUGUGGUGGACAAGACGGUUAGGACACCGGAGAUGAAGGAAGUGGAAGCGGUAGAGAUAGUGGCGUAUACGGCCAUGCAUUGUGUGAGCUUGGAGGGUGAAGAGAGACCGAAUAUUACCGACAUUGUUGGGAAUUUGGAGAAAGCUUUUGCUCUCUGUAAUGGCGAUCUCUGUGAAAAUCUCUAACACCCUUCUUCUUCAUUUUUUUUUUUUUUUUAAGAUU